AUGGAUCUUGACCCUCAGAGUUUCCGCGAUCACUGCCUCAUAAUCGUCGGCAGCGGUGGUGAGGCGGACGAAGUGCUGGCAAGAAGACGGAUAGCGGCCGGAGGUCGGCUCGUACAUGUGCUGACUCGUGGGCUGGAGGAUGAGCGUGUGAGCAUCUGCGCCACGGACAGACUUAGCUCCUGCUUCUUCUGGCAGCCGCCGCUCGGCGAGACCUCGAGCUUCGGGAAGCGCCUGGGUCCAUCUUUUCGCACCUACUGGAGCAAGACGGGCUCCGAUGCCGUCUCUCUUGGUGAAGAUCAGACUUUACAGAUCUACGGCUCUUAUGAUGGGCACCUGCAGCACCUUCGCAUUCUGGAUCAGGAGGAUGGCGCUGAGGUUGAGAUUUCGGGGCACGUUGUCCUGAACCCGGACCUGCAGACUGCGCGGGAGUUGUCUGUCGAGGUCGUCAACCUUGAGCUGAAAGCGUGUGGGACUUUUUCUUGGCGGUACGUGACAAUCUCGAUGGCCAUUCUGUUUCUGUGGCACGUCGUGCGGUGGGCAGUCAGUAUGCAUUUUGAACAGUGGGCACAGUUGGGUCAGUUCCCCUGGUGGCGUGGUGCCUUGGUCACCGUCAACGGGCUGGUGUUCUGCACAGCGGGUCUUCUCGAGACCUGGGCCGAAAGCCUUGCAGGCGAGAGACCCACAUGGCUGACCAACAUGAUCGGCAUGCUGCUAUGCCUGGUCUUUGCAGCCAUUGGGACGCGAGCGCACGUCGCAGAUUACCCGCUGUCUCUAAUGGGAGUUGCUGGCCUCUUCAUUGCAGCCCCCCCCUUGGUCUACUACCUCACGCGCGCAAGGCACACCCAACGUCGGCUGGUGCCCUGCAUGGUCUGGACUUGCGCCCAGGUCCUGGGCACGAUCGGAAUGUCCAUGUUUCAAGCGUCUGUGGUGGUGUUCUACAUGCUGCUGCUGGCGAACGAUCAGGCUUCGGCUGCAGCGGUCUUCAUGCCCGUAGCAACAGCCAUGGUGGAGACGGGCGGUGUGCUCUGCACCAAGCUGAUGUAUGAGCGGCUCGUUCUCACGAAGCGUCCAGCCGUGCCGGGCGACAUGUCAUACAUUGCCAUGCCCUACAUGCUGAUCUCAGCCCAUGCUUUCGCGGAGGCCGCACGGCUGAUCUCAGUAUUUGCUGGUGCGGUCACAUCCGGAAGGUUCAGCUGGCUCGGGUCCGCGGCACUAACGCUGGUCAUGAACAUUUGUACUCGCUUGGGGUGGACCAAGUACCUCGCGUAUCGAGUUCUGAAGCUUGCAAGCCCACGCAUGGCAACCAAUUUACUACCAACCGGCUGGGCCAAGCUGCAUGACGAGGUGAAGAUCUACGCAGGCUACUUCCGAUUUGUCGUGCCCUUGACUCUUGUAGCUGCCAGGGGUAUCAUCUACGGCGACAUCGUGCUGGAAGGUCCUAAGGCUCCAGCCUUCAACACAUCCGCCGCCUGCGCCCUUGUUGUCUUGCUCGCGCUCGAGAUAGUGGAGGAUAAGGUGGUUGUCAACGAGCUGCUGCCCAUGAGCCCUGUCUCCACGGAGAUGUUGGAGGCCGACCUGCCGCGGAAUAACGCCAAUCCGGCGAGGCUAAUCAGCGUGGAGCGAAGGCCAGGUGUUGGGAGACCAGUCACUGGAGAUGGAGUCUGGCGCGUGGGUGAGGUCAACGAACAGGGCAAUCGGUGCGCCUCCUCACUGGACGCUGUCUUGCCGCACAAGCCAGGGGAGGAGAUGAUAGGCCACUGCCAUUCACUGGGCUCCCGGCGCACGUCGCUCCGCUCCCGAGUCCGGCGGCUGCUAGGCCAAGAGCGAGCAGUGAUCCCUGCGCUCGCUCUCCAUGGCCUUCGCGAGAUGCCUUUCAUGGCCCAGCUCACAGCACUAGGAAUUACGUGCGAGGUCACGCUUUCCUUCAUCAAUGCAACCCUGAGCCCAAGCUUCCUCCGGGGACUCUGCGACGCGACGCCAGACUUUCAUCCCAUCGUGAUGCUGUGGUGGACACUUCCACUUGAAUGCUGA